GGAAGAGGAAAAAACUUGCGCACUUACCUCGACCACCUGAAGGCAGUUAAAAGCCUUUGCGAAAGCGAAAGCGUUAUUUCAGAACACCUAAGCCUAAGUGAUAAUGGCUGACCUUCCGCCUGGCUACUAUAGAACGGAGUUAAAUAGAACCGUUUGGGAAGUUCCUGAGAAGUAUCAAGACCUGAGUCCAAUUGGAACCGGCGCGUAUGGACAAGUUUGCUCUGCUACAAACACCACUAAUGGAGAACAAGUGGCAAUCAAGAAACUCUCAAGACCUUUCCAAACCACAAUGCAUGCAAAGAGAUCCUUCAGGGAACUGAAACUUCUUCGCCAUAUGGAUCAUGAAAAUGUUAUUGGUUUGCUUGAUGUUUUUACUCCUAAUACUUCAUUUGGGAAUUUUCAAGAUGUAUAUAUGGUAACUGCUCUGAUGGGAGCUGAUCUGAACAGCAUUCUUAAGUGCCAGAAACUCACUGAUGAACAUGUUCAGUUUCUUGUUUAUCAGAUACUGAGAGGGCUUAAGUACGUCCAUUCAGCAGGAGUCAUUCACAGGGAUCUGAAGCCCAGUAAUAUAGCUGUUAACGAGGAUUGUGAACUCAGGAUUCUUGACUUUGGUUUGGCAAGAAUGGCAGAGGAGGAAAUGACAGGUUAUGUAGCAACAAGAUGGUACAGAGCACCAGAAAUCAUGCUCAACUGGAUGCAUUAUAAUCAAACAGUGGAUAUUUGGUCUGUUGGUUGCAUCAUGGCUGAGCUUCUGACGGGUAAAACAUUGUUUCCUGGGAAUGAUCAUAUCGAUCAGUUGACACGAAUUAUGCAACUUGUUGGGAAACCUGGUGAAGAUUUCCUAGGGAAAAUCAGCAGUGAAUCAGCAAGAAGUUAUAUAGCAUCAAUGCCAAAAUAUGAAAAGAGACCAUUUACAGAGGUUUUUGUUCAUGCUAACCCACAAGCUGUAGAUCUGCUGGAACGGAUGCUGAACCUUGAUACAGACGUAAGAAUCACAGCAGAACAAGCCCUCGCACAUCCUUACGUGGCUACUUAUGCCGAUGCAGACGACGAGCCAACGUGUGAGCCAUUUGAUGAAGUACAGUUCGAAGCCAAGGAUUGGCCAAUAGAUAAAUGGAGAGAUCUGGUUUACAAAGAAAUCCUUGACUAUCAGUCAAAGAAAGAAGAAGAGAGUAUGCAAACUGGAUAAAGAACAAUUUGGGAAAAGGAAAAUAAUAGUGUGUAUAUUAUCCUUGGAAGACAUGAAUAUGAACAGACUUUUACCAAGAAUAAAGGGAGAGUGGGAAGCCUUUGGAAGCUUGGGUGUUCUCUUAAAUCAAUUUUCAGAUGAGUGUCGAAAGUAAUUCGGGGUUGCUUUGGUUUUACUUUACUUUGCUGUGUGAUUGGUUCAGAAAACUCGCGCCCCAUCCUCUCAACCAAUCAGAUGCAAAACUAAAUACAAUCGCGAGUUGGUCAUUCGCGUUUUUCCGCGCUUCAAACAGGUUGCUUGUUUUUGCUUUGAGUUCUCAUUGGCUAAUGAUUUUGGACAUUUAAUCGAAUAAUGCUCUAAUGGUAUCUUUUUUCGGGUGUGACCUUUGACUGGAGAGUUGUUUUAGUGGUUGUAAAAAUUUGUUCGCAGUUUAAACACUGUCAAGAAAUGAAAUAUCCCUCGUAUUGUAACCUUCUCGUUCAGAAGCCGAAAAGUCUCUCUAACUCUAUUUAUAAAUCAAAACAAUAAGGCAACACGAAAUUUGACAGGUCUUCACCUACAAGCGUGUCCAAAUGUAACCAACGACUAUCAUAUUUUCUCUGAAUAUACUUUUUUCUCGUGUGAUUUUGAUUGGUUCGUUUUGAAAUUGGUGUUCAAAUGUUUCGUGCUGAGACGAAUCCCUUGAAUAAAAUUUCGGUUUUUGGAGUUGAAUUUCAGUUAUGCGAUGAAACUCUAUUUCAAGGACUCAGUAAUUUAUGAUGUAACGGUGACAUCAUGUAACCAGCACCAAGAUGAGAUAAAACUUGAAAUUCUUUUGAAUUAAUCCAUUUAUUCAUGUAUUUUUGUCAAUGAAUGGCUUUCACAAGGAUAAAAUUGAUUUAUGAUGAUUAAUACACGUGUAAUUAGUUAUAUCAGUUAUAUCAGUUUUAGCGCGUUUUAGAGGCGAAAUGAAUUUUUGUGAAAAUCUAGCAUUCAUAGUCGGUAUUGUUUCUUAUUAAAGAAAGUGAAAGAUA